UUUAUGGCAUACAAUAAAUAAGAGAGAAUAAAUAGUUGUUCUCCUCACUGCCAGGCGUCAAAACACAAGCUGCACUGACGGUGAACUAUGGAAAGGGUGGCCUUAUUCUCUGUUUUAAUUAUUUUCGCCUGUAUGCAUGUCCACAGUGUUAGGUGUGCUAUUGGUUCCACAGAGAUAAACUGUGCAAGUGGAGGUAGUAUCUCUGUAGGAAGGAUCGAUGAGGGAUAUGAAGGAGAUGUAGAGAUUAUCACUAAUAUCGUACCCUAUGAUCAUCUCUCUCUGGAGACAUAUAUGACUAGCAAUGUUCUGACAAUGUUAGAGCUGGUUCAAUCUGAGGGAGACUCGACCGCUACUGUACGCACCAUCAGACCACUGGAUGCUGAAGAAAUAAGAAUGUCUUCCCAAUAUUUGACUUAUUUUGUCAAAUGCUCCAGAGGGCCGAGAAACGCCCGGGAAGUCGUUGUUAUAGAUGUUAAUGAACACGCCCCGAUCUUCCAGAGCAAGACAUACAGCGCCACACUGUCAGAGGCAACGGUUGUGGGUUCAGGUGUGCUCAAGGUGACGGCUACUGAUAAAGAUGCGACUACAGAACACAAAAUGGUUGGUUAUUCUAUACAGCCUCCGGUACCGGCUGACUUUGGAGUGUCUUACAGGGAAGGGAACAUCAUUUUGACUAAACCUCUGAACUACAACAAUGUUCAACAGUAUAUCUUCACCGUGGAAGCUAAAGAUGCAGGAGGACUCAGUGACACAGCAACCGUUAUAAUAACAAUUGAAGAUUUUGACAACCAAACCCCUUACUUUGGCCACUGUCUCUACAAGGCAUCUAUUGAGGAAAAUCAGGUAGGACACUUCUCAGACGUCACUCCUGCAGCCAUACAAGCUCAAGAUGGAGACAAAGGCAUCAAUGAGCCUGUAGUGUACAGCAUAAAAACAGUAAUUCCAAAUGAAUUUCAGAACAGAUUUGAAAUUGACCGAAAGAGUGGGGUCAUCUCUGUGACAACAGCUCUAGAAAAAGAGGAAAUAGAGCAGAUUGCCGUUUUCAUUCAGGCAACUCAGCAGGAUGAUGCCAGUAAGACGGCUGAUGCUGUGGUACUCGUCACCAUUGUGGAUGUGACAGACAACCCGACGAAAUUUGACCAGGGGGUCGGUUCUUCUCUGGCUUAAUACAUGAGAGGAUUUGACAGAUGCCAGAUGUUUUAUGGCUAAUUUGGUUCUUCAAACAAGUUAGCGGAUUUGAUUAAAAUAUCUGGAAUAAAUUGUCUGAGAUUUAGUCAAUAGUAUAAUAAUUAGCAGUGUUGAGGAAUUUAAUCUUGCAUGUGUUAAUAUGGUUAUUGGAUCUUAUGUUUCAUUAUUUCUAUAUUAUGUGUUCACCUCCUAUAUGUAACCACGGAGGAAUGUCUUAUGGUUUGGAGGAAGUGAUUUGUUCUCCCUUAUCACGAGUGGAGCUAGGCACCGGAGGACUGGCCGGGUCAGGGGUCAUCUUAGACUGGGAGGGGUAGAGGGGGUUAGUAAAUCUAACCUGACAUCAUGAAUCCUAUGGCUUUGUGGAAAUUUACAGAGAAGGCUCGGCUUGCAGUAAAUAACCUUGGGGAGGGCUAUUUAGUCUUCACCCCGGCCUGUGUUCUGGGCGUCACUCCACUUCGCAGUAAUCUGUGUUGGUGACUGAGCCUGCAAGAAUAAUAAACCUUUUCCUUUAUUAAUUUGACUCAGAGUGUCUCUUACGAAGUGAUGUCUGUUUAUUGAAUUUUUGCCUUAACAGCAGUUAAUUUAAUUUUGAAGCAGAUUUUCUGUAUAUGACAGCAUUAAUUCAAGCGUCUACAUCCCAUAAGACAGCUGUUUAGAUUAGUUUUGCAUCAUAAAAGUAUUUUGAGAUUGGAGAAGUGAGUCUGCUUCUCCUGCGAUGCUUAAAAGCUGUUCAAAUUCAAAUGAAUGCACAGCUCAGACAAACUGUACGUCAUGUGUGUACGACUGCAAUAAAAUGAGGAGAUAAUUCCUUCACAAAUAAAUGUCACAUGGUUUUGGGUUAUGUUUUA